AUGUCUUAUCAAAACAAUCAGCGACAGAAUGGUGGUAGGGUUCAAAAACCAUCUUAUACACCAAGAUUCAAUCAUCAACAACAAAAUCAAAAUGAUGACUACUCCAACAAUCAACAAAAUAAUAAUAAUGGUAACAAUAGGUAUCAAACAUAUCAUAACAACAUAGAUCAACAAUUAGCAAGUCAAGAAAAAAAACAAGCAUAUAGAAGAGUAACAGAUUAUGGAAAUAAUAUGACAAGAUGGUAUAUUGAAAAAUCAUUAGGAAUAAACACUGGUUCUCAACAACAAAUUGGUAAAAUUAGACCAGAAAGUUCAUAUUUAAUUGAUUUAUUACCAUCAUUAGCAUAUUCAUCAAGUUUUAAUAAAAAUAGAAAAAAUAAUAAAAAUAAUUUAGGUAUAUUAGAUUUAGAAACAAAAUUUGUUCAUUUAUCAUCAAAUAAAGUAAAACAUUCAAUAAAUACUGUUAAAUGGACUCCUGAAGGUCGAAGAUUAUUAGUUGCUUCACAUUCCGGUGAAUUUACUUUAUGGAAUGGUAUGACUUUUAAUUUUGAAACUAUUAUGCAAGCUCAUGAAAAUCCUAUAUUAAGUUUAAAAUAUUCAAAUAAUGAUGAUUGGUUAUUAAGUGGUGAUCAAAAUGGUAUUAUAAAAUAUUGGCAACCUAAUUUUAAUAAUGUAAAUAAUAUAAAUGCUCAUUCUAAUGGUAUAAGAGAUAUUGCUUUUUCACCAAAUGAUUCUAAAUUUUUAACAUGUGGUGAUGAUUCCAUGAUAAAAAUAUGGAAUUUUAAUAAUGGGAAAGAAGAAAGAACUCUAACUGGUCAUAAUUGGGAAGUUAAAAGUGCUGAUUGGCAUAAAGAAUUAGGAUUAAUUGUAAGUGGUUCAAAAGAUAAUUUAAUAAAAUUAUGGGAUCCAAGAGUUUCACAAUGUAUUACAACAUUGCAUGGUUUUAAACAUACUGUAAAUACAACAAGAUUUCAACCUGCUGGUACAAAAAGAUUAUUAGCUUCAGUAUCAAGAGAUAGAUCAUGUAGAAUAUUUGAUUUAAAUACAAUGAAAGAUAUGUUAAUUAUAAGAGAAUCAGAAACUGAUUUAUCAUGUUGUUCAUGGCAUCCCAUACAUGCAUCAAUGUUAACUACAGCGGCAUUCAAUGGUUCAAUAAAUCAUUAUUUAUUAAAUUCUUAUAUCCCCAAUUCAAAUGAAAUUAUACCAAAAAAAAAUAUAAAUUCAAAUAUAACUCAAAUUUCUUCAAUUGAUACAGUUCAUAAAAUCCCCUAUGCACAUGAAAAAGCAGUUCAUUCAUUAGAAUAUCAUCCAUUAGGUCAUUUAAUGUGUUCAGCAGGAUCAGAUAAAACCGCAAGAUUUUGGUCAAGAGGUAGACCAAAUGAUUCAAUGGCUUGGAAAGAUGCUGUUUAUACUGAUGAAAAAAUUGGUGCUUGGUAUUAUACUGUAAAUAAUAAUGUAAAUGCAGUAAUGGAAGAUCCAACAAAAAUAGCAGCAGACAACGCUGCAGCACAAAAUCAACAACCAUUAAUGAAUAAUAUUGGAAAUAUUGAAUUAAAUUCAAAUCCUAAUAUAAGUAUUAUUAAUAAUGGUGGAAAUAUGAAUAUACCAGGUAUAAAUAUUCCAGGAUUAAGUAAUAAUAAUUUUAAUCAACUGAAUACACCGCUACCUUCACAACAACAACAAUUUCAACAACAACAACAGCAAUCUAUACCUGGAUUAGGUUUAUAG